UCGCGGUUUUUUAUCUCGCUACACUAUCGGCCGAUAGCCUGACUUAACUUUUGACCUGUGUGCUAUCAAUUAUCAUUUAAGUUGUGCACAAACUGUGAUGCCAGUAAUACUCGGAGGUCCACAGUAACGCCUAGACAUGAAGCCGAAACCAGAUUCCCCGGUCUCUAUGAUCGACCCUUCACUGCUCCUGAGACCAGAGAAGGUAUACGAUGGCAAACCAGUGGACGCCUUCCGUAAUUAUGACAUUGAUGAAACGGACCCCAUCAAAGAACGUGUGCGCAGGACUUACUAUGAAAUGCAUACUAAGAUGACCGUGGAUUUUGUUAAAGGACGCAUGGGCAACUGGCUGAAAUUCAACCACUUCAAGAGCACGAUCAAAGACGCUCUGAUCAAGCUGAAUGAGCUGGUGGACGAGUCAGACCCGGAUACCGACCUGCCCAACAUCGUGCACGCCUUCCAGACUGCUGAGAGGAUCCGCAAAGACCAUCCCGACCAGGACUGGUUCCAUCUUAUUGGACUCAUACAUGACCUCGGAAAGGUGAUGGCUUUCUACGGCGAGCCUCAGUGGUGCGUGGUGGGUGAUACCUUCCCCGUCGGCUGCAAGUGGGGCAAGUCCAUCGUGUACGGUGAUGACAGCUUCAAGGAAAACCCUGACACUUACAACCCUAAGUACAACACGGAAUGCGGCAUGUACGAGCCCAACUGCGGCUUGGAGAAUCUGAUGAUCUCCUGGGGACACGACGAGUACCUGUACCGGGUGCUCGUACACAACAAGUCCAAAUUCCCCAAGGAAGGACUCUUCAUGAUCAGAUACCACUCCCUGUACCCAUGGCACGCAGGUGGUGACUACAAACACCUGAUGAAGGAAGGAGACGACGAGAUCAUGAAACACGUUCUCAACUUCAACCAAUACGACUUAUACACGAAGAGCGCUGGUAUCCCUGACAUUGAAGCUCUAUGGCCUUACUACGAGAAGCUGAUCGAAAAGUACAUCCCAGGAGUUCUGGAGUGGUAGACCAGGACAAGAGCACCCUGCACAGUACAAAUGUAUUUAAUGGAACAUCAUUAUUUUAGUAGGUAAUAAACUGUUUCACUAUCAAGAGAAAUUUUAGAAGUAAGUUUGCUUUCAAUGGUCUUGUUUUCGUUGAAACAAGUUGUGGCUAAAUGCGGAUUUCAAUUACGGACCUGCGAUUCCAGACUGUAUUUUGACGUUAGCUUCAUAUAAAUUGUCAAGUUUCAAUCUCUUACCACGAAGAAAUGGAUGGAUCGGUUAUUGAAAUCCAAGGUAAAAGUUUACAAGCCCUAUCUUAGAAUAUUGUCGAAUAUAUUCUGAUGGUUUUUCCAAUGAUAACUGAAGCAAGCAUGAAUAUAUGAAUAAGUAACUACUCUUACUAAAUAUAGAUACUAUUUUCCCAUUUUCACCGAAAACAAACGUCAGUUUUCGUAAAAUAUCUGUUUACUUUGAAAAUUGAACGUGAAAAUUCAUGGUAAACAGUUUCAGAAAAUUUAAAUUUACGUUGUCGGUGAACUCGGGUCUAUGUUAUAGAUAUAAUGUUAUUUCUAUUUGAGUUUUGAUGAUGAUUGUUAAAUAAAUACCUAAGUAAAAUACCUAUUAUUUACCAAUACUUGGAUUUUUGCUAGUGAUACCAAAGAUAUCAUUGUAUAUUGUUUUAACAUUCACAUAAGUUGGCCAAUUUAUUUGAUAAAGUUUGUAUGAUAUUGUAAAUAAUAAACGUUAUUAUUUUAA